AAUGAACACAACGACGACGUUGAAGAUGGUGAAAGUAUUCGUUACUCGCCACCCGGUGAGAGUAGAAGUGAUCAGGUGCGUAAGGCUUUCAGCGAUGAAACACUCGAGGGUAUUGCCUCAGAGAGAACCAUACCAAUCAAAAUAACUCCUGAAGCAAAAACAAUUCUCGAACGAAAUGCGCAAAUGUUUCCGAGAAGUGAAUCUGUUGAAGCUGAACGAAGAAAUGUGGUGAGUGAGAACUUUACGAAUGAUUAUUUUGUUCAGUCAUUCAUUAAUCUUAUGAUUGGUCAUUUCAUUUCGUUGAAAAUGAUUCAUCAGCAAAGAAACUAG